AAAAGGAGAAAAACAUAGGAUUCAAUCUCUCUCUCUCUCUCUCUCUCUACAAGACUUCUCGAUUCUUCAUCCUUCAGUGCUGUUCAACCGUCUUCUUCCUCCUCGACACGGCGCGGAGCUCCUUCUCUUGCCUCGCCGCUUCGAUCUCGCGCCUCUCCGAUCGCUCGCGCGCUUGGCUGAAUCGGCAAUUAUGAGUGGCGCAGCUCGAGACGCCUCCUGAUCUGGCCGGUUUCGCGCGGAAAUGGAAUCACCGGUAGGUGGUUCGAGGGACACGUCUGUGCUUGUGGUGACUGUGGGUAGUGGUGAAGUCUACAUAAUUGUUAGCUUGUCAACGAGGGUUGACACGCAGGUCAUCUACAUUGAUCCAACUACAGGCACUCUUUGCUACAAUGGAAAGCCAGGUUCAGACAUUUUUAAAUCUGAGGAACAAGCUUUAAAUUAUGUCUCAAAUGGUUCUCGUUGGAAUUGCAAGAGCUUAACUUAUGGUAGGGCAAUACUGGGCUAUGCUCCGUUGGGAGGCUUCGGCCUACUUCUUAUUGCAAGAAAAGUAUCUCCCACCAUUCCAAAUUUACCUGGUGGGGGAUGUGUAUAUACUGUGACUGAGAGCGAGUGGAUCAAGGUUUCACUUCAAAACCCUCAAUCCCAAGGAAAGGGUGAAUUGAAGAAUAUUCAGGAUUUAGUGGAGCUUGAUGUAGAUGGGAAGCAUUACUUUUGUGAGACGAGGGACAUCACCAGGCCCUUUCCAAGUCGGAUGCCUUUGGAAAGUCCUGAUGAUGAAUUUGUUUGGAAUGGAUGGUUCUCAAGGCCAUUUAAAAGUAUCGGGCUGCGUCACCAUUGCGUGACACUUCUGCAGGGGUUUGCAGAAUGUCGAAGUUUUGGAAGCUUAGGACAAGUAGAAGGGAUUGUUGCACUCACAGCUCGCCGUAGCAGAUUGCAUCCAGGCACUCGUUAUCUGGCUAGGGGGUUAAACUCGUGUUUUAGCACAGGAAAUGAAGUAGAGUGCGAGCAGCUUGUAUGGGUACCCAAGAAGGCAGGUCCAAGUGUUCCCUUCAACACAUAUAUUUGGCGACGGGGCACAAUCCCGAUCUGGUGGGGUGCGGAGUUGAAGUUAAUGGCUGCUGAAGCAGAAAUAUAUGUUUCUGAUCGAGAUCCGUAUAAAGGAAGUUCACAGUACUUUCAGAGGUUGAGUAUGAGAUACGAUGCACGAAAUUUAGGUGCAACUGUUGGUGGGAAUCAGAGAAAGAAUGUUUCUGUCCCAAUUUUUUGUAUAAACUUGCUUAGGAAUGGACAAGGGAAGUCUGAAUCAAUUUUAGUUCAGCAUUUUGUGGAAUGUAUAAAUUACAUUAGAUCAGCUAAAAAACUCCCAAGUACUCGAAUACAUCUAAUAAAUUAUGACUGGCAUGCCAGUACAAAGUUAAAAGGUGAACAGCAAACUGUUCAAGAACUGUGGACGCUUCUAGAACAACCUACAGUGUCCGUAGGCAUUUCCGAAGGAGAUUAUUUGCCUUCGCGACAACGUAUUAAGGAUUGCUGGGGUGAAGUUAUCUACAAUAAUGACUUUGAAGGAGCAUUCUGCUUAAGGUCACAUCAAAAUGGUGUAAUUCGCUACAAUUGUGCUGAUUCACUGGAUAGAACUAAUGCAGCUAGUUACUUUGGUGCCCUUCAAGUUUUUGUGGAGCAAUGUAGGCGGCUGGGAAUAUCACUUGACAGUGACAGGGCAUAUGGUUAUCAAUCACCUGAUAAUUAUAGUGGGUAUACCGCUCCACUGCCACCAGGAUGGGAAAAGAGAUCCGAUGCAGUGACAGGGAAAGUAUACUAUGUAGAUCACAACACCAGGACGACAACAUGGACACAUCCAUGUCCAGAUAGACCUUGGAAGAGAUUUGACAUGAAUUUUGAUGAAUUUAGGAGAUCUACAAUAUUGUCACCCGUUUCUCAGUUGGCUGAUCUUUUCCUGCUGGCUGGUGAUGUCCAUGCAACACUUUAUACUGGGUCCAAAGCAAUGCACAGCCAGAUACUCAGUAUAUUCAAUGAAGAAGCAGGGACCUUUAAGCAGUAUUCUCAGAACCUGAAAAUCACCUUGCAGAGAAGGUAUCAAAAUGCAGUUGUAGAUAGUUCCCGCCAGAAGCAACUGGAGAUGUUUCUUGGAAUGAGACUGUUUAAGCAUCUUCCAUCUAUUCCAGUCAAACCUCUCAGUGUUCUUUCUCGCCCAUCAGGAUUCUUUCUCAAGCCAGUUGCCAACAUUUUCCCAGAUUGUGAUGGUGGCGCAAGUCUCCUUAGUUUCAAGAAGAAGGAUGCAAUCUGGGUUUGCCCGCAGGAUACGGAUGUAGUUGAACUUCUUGUCUAUCUUGCUGAGCCUUGCCAUGUCUGUCAGCUUCUUCUUACAAUAUCACAUGGUGCAGAUGAUUCGACAUAUCCGUCGACAGUUGAUGUAAGGACUGGACAGGACCUUGAUAAUCUCAAACUGGUCCUGGAGGGUGCUACUAUUCCUAUGUGUGCAAAAGGGACAAAUCUUUUGAUCCCCUUACCAGGACCAAUUAGUGCAGAAGAUAUGGCUAUUACAGGAGCAGGGGCGCGACUUCAUUCUCAAGAUGCAUUAACUCUUUCACUACUUUAUGAUUUUGAAGAAGUUGAAGGAGAACUGGACUUUCUUACUCGAGUAGUUGCACUGACUUUUUAUCCCGCUCUCUCUGAACGAAGCCUUGUGACGCUUGGUGAGAUUGAAAUUCUUGGAGCUUCCCUCCCUUGGUCUGGAGCUUUCAUUGGGGAAGGCUGUGGUGCUAAACUUAUCGAAUUCAGCAGAAAGUUUCGAAAGGAGAGUAAUCCUUUUAUGUCUAAUCCUGAGUCUAAUCCUUUCUCUGGAUCUUGUAUGUCCAAUGACAAUGUGUUGCCAUCGGAUGAAAGAGGUAUUUCGGGGAACCACUUUGUGGACCUUUUGACAGGAGGGAAUACAGUUAAUGAACCUCCUCCUCAUCCACUGGCAGAAAAUGUUACAUGUGAUGGAGAUGACAUGCUUGAUUUCUUAGAUCAAGCGGUUGUUGAGUAUCAUGGUGCUGAAAACGAUGGAAAGAUCUUUCCAGUAGCUGAGAAAACAUUAGGAAAUGGUAACCAGGAUUACAUCAGUCAUCUGAAGUACCUUGCAGGGGCUGACCUGAGAAAGAAGCUCGACUUUACAGACGCCUUGAAGCUUGAGAUAGAACGCCUUCGACUAAAUCUUUCAGCUGCUGAAAGGGAUAGAGCUCUUUUGGCGGUUGGGAUUGAUCCUGCUUCAAUAAACCCCAAUCUUUUGCUCAACGAAUCUUACAUGACAAGAUUAUGCAGAAUUGCCAAUUCGCUUGCAUCGCUUGGGCAAGCUUCACUUGAAGACAGAAUCACUGCUGCAAUUGGUCUUGAGAAUACUGAUAAUAACAUCAUAGAUUUCUGGAAUAUAGCUGGAUUAGGGGAAAAAUGCUUGGGCAAUAUGUGUGAGGCGCGUGCUGAAACUGAGGUUCCUGCAACCCCAUUUUCAACAGUUUCAUCAACUUCCUCACAACUUAGUCUAUUAUGCUCUCAAUGUGAAAGGAAGGUCUGUAAGGUUUGUUGUGCUGGUAAAGGAGCUCUUCUUCUUAUGAGCUUUAUCUCGAGAGAUCCCCCAAGUUAUGGUAGUGUUCAGAGUCAGGGUGGUCAAGUUGAUGUCUCAACAAACAGAUCGACGGCAAUUGAUGGUGUUAUCUGCAAAAGGUGUUGCCAAGGUAUUGUGCUUGAUGCAUUGAUGUUGGACUAUAUCAGGGUCUUGACUAGCUUAAGAAGAAGUGCUCGUGCUGGUGAUGCUGCUUAUACAGCCUUGUAUCAGGUCAUGGGAUCUUCCUUGGGGGAUUAUCCAUCUGAAAGAACUAGAUAUUCUAAUCCUAAUAAACCUGUUAAAGCUCAAAGACAACUACUUAAAGGAGAGGAAUCACUUGCUGAAUUCCCUUUUGCCAGCUUGUUGUAUUCGGUCCCAACAGCAGUGGGUUCUGCCUCAUCAUUAUCAUUGCUUGCUCCACUCACUUUUGGAUCACAGCAUUCAUAUUGGAAGGCUCCUACCAGUGCUACCUCUGUUGAACUGGUCAUUGCUUUGGGAACCGUUUCCGAUGUCAGUGGAGUGAUCAUGCUCGUUAGUCCAUGCGGCUAUUCUGCGGCGGAUGCUCCCAGUGUGCAAAUCUGGGCUAGUAACAAGAUACAAAAAGAAGAAAGAUCAUGCAUGGGAAAAUGGGAUGUCCAGUCUCUUAUAGCAUCUUCCUCAGAAUUCUAUGGACAAGAAAAAUUGGCUAGGGAGGAUGAAGUACCCAGGCAUAUAAAAUUUGCUUUCAGAAAUCCUGUCCGAUGCCGCAUUAUAUGGAUUACUCUGCGCCUGCAGCGUCCUGGUUCCUAUUCUGUUAAUCUUGAGAAAGAUUUCAAUCUUUUAUCUCUGGAAGAGAAUCCCUUCUCACAGCUUAACCGGCGUGCUUCCUUUGGAGGCUCAACUGAAAGUGAUCCUUGUAUUCAUGCCAAAAGAAUAUUAGUCGUUGGAAGCAUGGUAAAAAAAGAGACAGAGCUAUCGCAAGGCUCUGGCCAGAUAAAUUUGAGAAACUGGUCAGACAGAGCUCCUCAGUUAAAUAGAUUUAAGGUUCCUAUUGAGGCUGAGAGGCUCAUGGACAAUGAUCUUACCUUGGAGCAGUACCUUUCUCCUCUGUCACCUUUGAUUGCAGGAUUUCGUUUAGACGCUUUUAGUGCAAUUAAGCCACGGAUCAGCCAUUCGCCGCUUCCAGAUGCAUAUACCCAGGAUGCAUUGACAUUAAUGGACGAGAGAUACAUCUCUCCAGCUGUGCUAUAUGUACAAGUUUCUGCCGUCCAGGACUCCAACAAAAUGGUGACCAUAGGAGAAUAUCAGUUGCCCGAGGCGAAACCUGGCACUGCCAUGUACUUCGACUUCCAUAGAAAGAUCCAAGCACGCCGAGUAACAUUCAGACUUCUCGGCGAUGUCACCGCAUUUGUUGAUGACCCUGCUGAACAGGAAGACCCCAACUUUAGGACUUCCCCAUUGGCCGCCGGGUUAUCGUUGUUGAAUAGAGUAAAGUUGUAUCACUAUGCUGAUCAAUACGAAAUGGGAAAGUGGGGCAGCCUUGCGGCUGUUUGAAUCACCUCAUAUGUUUGUCGAGAUUUUUGGUUUUGGUUGCAAUUGGUUUUCUAUUUUUUCCACCGUCCCUGUGUUGUUGUAAUAUUAGGAUGUAUCACUGUGCUACCUGCCGACUGGGGCGUCAUUUCUGUGUAUGGGUUUAUCUUGUAUACGUUAAACAUAGUUACGGAAAUUUCUUUCGCUAAGCUAUUUGAUGGGGAGCCGAACCUCAUCGGACUAAGAAAAUUAAGUAUUUUUUGAGGAAUGCGAGUGUUGGAGGCAUGACUUGUUUUUAUUCUUGA